AUGUCAUAUUGUAUUUUCAAUUUAGUCUUAUGGGGAAUGAUAGUGAUGGCUGAAGACACUUAUAAUUUUCCACUAUAAUCAAAUUAGCCUAACAUCAUGUUUUUAGAUGAUUAUACUCCUUAAAAAUUUUAGGCUCCCUUAUAUUAAUUGGAACGAAAUAAUGAAUUUAAUUUAAGUAUUUAGUAAUCUGCUUUGCCACUCUAGGAAGGAAAAUUAAAUUUGAGUAUUUUAUUAUAUAUUAUAUAGAUGGGAAAAUUUUAUCAGCUAGCAAUUAUAUUUCGGAAUCUCAAUUAAGUUCUAAUAAAUUUUGGGUACUAACAAAAAAUAAUCUAUAUUAAGGAUUGCUUGAGAGCAAUGGAAGUCUAAACUUCAAUAUAGUACCAAUCAGCCUUGCUUAAUUAAGUAUUUUUAUGAAUUAUUGUAGGUUGUUUUUAUAUUAAUUUAAUAACAGAGAGUAUGGGAAUGAUAAGUUGUCUUAAAAAAAAUAAUUUGAAUUUUGUAUUCACUAAUUAUUCUAACUCUUCGAUUCAAAUAUUUGCAACAAAUUUUACCUUCCCUAAAACAUAUAGUAAUAGAAAAAUUAAUUUGCAAUAUGUUAAUGAAAAUACAUUUUAUAUUUAUUUAACUUAUGUCACUAAAGAAAAUGCUUCAGUUAUUUGUUUUAGUUACAACUAAAAACAAGUACAAUAAAUAACUCAAUAAGUUUAUAAUGGCACCUAUAUUUAAGCUGUUUUAUCUGAAGAUUUUACUUAUCUAUUUUUGAUGAGUAAAAAAUCAGUUUAUCUUAUAAAUUUAUCAAUCAAUAAUAGCUUAAGAGAAAUAGCUAAUUAUAAAACAACUACACAUAAAUUAAAUGAGCAUUUCACUAAGAUGGCUGCAUAUUAAUUAACAACAAAUAUUUUUCAUAUUGUAUUGUUAUAAAAUAAAUAUUUGUCAUAAUUGUAUUUUGAUACUUAACUAAAAGAUUAGACAUAGAAUAUAAAAAAUUUCAUUUUGAAUCAAUAUGAAAAAGUAAUUUAACUAGUAAUUAACUUAAAUUCAAUAUAUGUAGUGACUAAUAAUUAUAUAACUAAAUUAGACUCAGUUUCAUCAAUAAAACCUACAAAUUAUUUGAACUAUUCAUUAGCGAAUAUGGCACUAAUAUAAUUUGAAAGAUAAAUUGCUAUUCUUAUAGAUACAAGUGAGUAAUCGACUAAAUUUUAAAGUAUUUUGUUCAAUAAGCCAUAAAUUUAGAUUAAUUUAGAUUAAACUCAAUAAAUAACAUAAAACUUUUAGGUAGUCAAACUUAAAAUAAAAAUAAUUUCAUAAUUUUUGCGUGAAAUUGAAGAUUAUUUAUCUUUUAAAUAUAGUAAUAACAGAUAUUAGUUAAAUUUAAUGUCCCAUCUCAUUUUCUAAUGAUUUUCCUACUGCUAAUUUAGUUUAUCCAUAAAUAAAAACAAUCAAAGCUAACUAAAUGAUGCUAGGCCCAAACAUUACAACAGCAAUUACUUCAUCAGAUAAAAAUUACUUGACUGUUUAAAAAUCUAACAUAAAUAAAUAUACUACACAAUCAAAUGAAUCAUUUUCAGUUAUGUGUACUGUAUAUAGAUCUAACAUUAUUACAUGUUCUUAAAGUUAAAGUGAAAUUAGAAUUAACUACUCAUAACCUUAAUUAGUUUCAAAGUCUAACACUUAUUUUGUUGUUCCAGUAAAUUUCAAUGAAAGUCUUGUCCAGUGUACUUGUUCUUAAACAUUAUUAUAAAUUGAAGUCAUUAUGCAAUUUACAAAUUAUGUACUUAUUUAGACUAUUGAUUAUGGAUUAUAAUAAUAAGGAUUGUAUUAGUAUUCAUUCAAUCAGUCGAUUUUAAGUUCAGCAUUUCUGGAAUAGACAUUAUUUGUAAUCACUAAUAAUAAUAUUUUAUCAGCAUAUUCUAAAAGCAAUCUUAAAACACCAAAAUUUACUGUAGAGAAUUACCAAUUCAAUUAAAUCUACUUAAACAAAAUAAAUUAUCCAAAUUAUCUUUUUAUUGAUAAUUAAUAAAACUUAGUCAUUUUGUCAUAUAAUGGAUAUUCAUCCUGUUAGUUUGUAAAUUAGAUUGCAUAUCCAUAACUAAGUUAUGAAUAAAUAAAAUUAGGCAUUUUAAAUAAUGGCAUUUAUAUAGCUUUAAUUAACUAAUAGUAAAAUACAUAAUUGUAUUAUUAUCCUAUUUAGUCUAUGUUUAUUGCUAAUCCAAUCCAAAAAUAUUAUGAAUUGAAUUUAUAGGGCUAUUAAUUUGCUUUUUCUAAUCUCUAGACCGCAUAUACUUAACGUCAUUUUUACAUUAUUUUAUAUAAAUCCACAUCAGUUUAUUGGGCUUAAUAUUAAGGAAGUGGAUCUUCAUUUGUCGCCUUAGUUUAAUCAAACUGGAUAUCAACUUUUUCAAGUUUGAGUUAUAUAAGCUCUAUUAGUGCGGUUGAAUUUCAAUAAUAAGCAUAAGAAAUCGAGUAUCUUUAAAUAUGCAAUACUAUAAAUGAAAUUAAAAAGGUUGUGAUCACAGAUUGGAGUGUUGCGUUGACCCCUCAAUAUCAAGCUAAUUAGCUUAGUGUAUAAACAUAAGUUAGUUACAAUUCAUCAAAUUAGUAAUGUUCGUAUUUUAAACAAUAAGAUGUAACAAUACUUUAUGAAAAAAAAGUAAUUCUGCCUCGUCUUUAUGAUACAGAAAAGAAUAUAGUUGGAUUAUAAAUGAAUUAGAGUCAAUUCACCUUGAAUCCAUUAGAAGUUUUUAAUGGGAAUAUUGAUAAUUAUACUGCAACUUGCAAAAACUGUUAAUAAUUCAAUUAUACUGAACCAAUUAAUUAUCAAAGUUCAGGGUAGUUAAACAUUUAUUUACAAGGAAUAGUCUAAAUAAAUGAGACAUUUCUUUAUAUAUAAAAUAACAUAAGUGUAUACUUAAUGGAAUAUUCAACAGGAUAAAUAACAAAAUUAUACGAUUUUCCUAAAAAAAUUGAAAAAUGUUUUACUCUAUUUGUUGAAUUAGUCUCUUAAUUUCCAAUUUCUAUUUGUUCAAAUUCAAUUAUAUAUAGUUAUAACCUGACAUCUCAAACUAUUUUGCAAUAUGAUCUCACUAAUUUAUCGAUACUUUUCCUUAAAUACUACAAUGGUGGCAUUUUAUAACUAAUUGCUUAUUCAAAUAAUAUCAACUAUAAUUACUAUUAAUAUUACUUAUAAAUCUAAGAUAAUUAAAUCAUAUUAACCCAAAUUUAUUCUUAUCUUAGGUUUUAAUAAUUUCCUUUAAUAGAUCAAUUGAUUAUAAAAUUAUCCUCUAAUUUUACUUCGGAUCCAUGUUAGAUAUUGGGAUUUUCAUAUUAACCUGUAGCCAAUUAAAAUCCAAAAUUUCAUUUUCUAAAAACUUGCAUGCCAUCCUCUAUUGCAUAAUAUUUUGGAUUUUCAGGCAACUAAUAUACUGAAAUUACAAAUGUAUAUUUUUCAAUUUAAGAAUGGAUGCUUGUUGAGACUCAAAUAACGAGUUUAUCUGUUUUGGAUUUUAUUUAAUAGGUUGGAUUACCAAUAAAUAUUAAUGAUUAAGUUAGUUAAUUACUAAUAGCUUGUCCAUACUCUAACGAUAUUAAAAUAUAUAGGAUUUAGUUUAAUUUAACGGAUGGAAAAAUUAUUGGAUUUUAAUCUUCUGGGUCUUUAUUUUUAGAUUUUUCAAAAUAAUACGCAUUUAAGACUGCCAAUAAGCUAAUUAUGAUAGAUUCUGCCUAUGAGCUAAAUGGUAAUUAAUCUAUUGACUUAUUCUUGUAUAAUGUACAAGAUUUGUAAAGUAUAUAUUUCAUUUUAGGCUUUAUUCAAAUAUGCAAGUUGUUCCAUUCAUAAGUUCUAAAUAAUCCAUAUUUACUAGUUAUCGAAAUUUUUGUCAAAUGAGGGGAGAUUAUUAUCUAUUGUCAGGGUUAUAUGAAAAUAGAUCAUUAAUUAUUAAUAUUAAAAAUUCUUUACAAUUUAACGUCAGUAUUUAGGAAGAUUAGCAAGCAGAAAUUGAGAUUCUUGCUUAAAACCAAUAAACCUAAUUUUAAAGAUCUAUUUUUGUUAUGAAUGAACAAAAUGAUGAUGAUGAUGAUAAUAAUGAUGAUGAUGAUGAUGAUAAUGACGAAAAUGAUGAUAAUGAUAAUGACGAAAAUGAUGAAAAUGAUGAUGAUGAUAAUGAUGACGAUGAUGAAAAUAUUAACCCAAAUUAAAAAUUCAAAUCAAGACUCAUAAUUAUCAUUGCCGUUAGUAUUCUUUUGAUUAUCAUUAUUAUUGUGAUCGUCGUUUUAUAUUGCAAAAAAAAAGAGAAAUAACAAGAUAGCAAAGAAAUGUCUUAUUAAUUAGUAUGA